UUUUAGCUAGAGGUUUCCCUCGGUGGAAAAUCGUCGAAAACCGCGAUAUUCGGUUCUUUCUCGUGUGUUGUUAUAACAUAAUUCGGGCGGGCAGUGGUAAAAAUUCUACCAUGGCCGAAGAGGGCCCACAAAUCAAACCCGUGCAGGGUGUUGCCUACACAACCAUCAUCGGACUAUGCCUUGGAGGUCUCGUUUUCGGACUAAUGAUGCUAGCUGUUACGUGGUACUGCUACAAACGAAGAGUGCAGAAUUCGGGUAAACGACAUGGACCAGAUCAGCCCUUAGCUUUCCAUACCCACAGAAGACCUACAGCUGUUAAGAGUCCAGCUGGAUCUGCCGGUGGAACGCACUAUUUGAAGAAGAGUCCCAGUCCAACUGGACCAUCGAAGACACCACCUGGAAUGUCCACACCGCAUACUCCAAGUCCUACUGGAAGUGUAGUAGGCCCUUUGGAGAGCGGUGUAAUCAACAAUCCCCACCAAAUGGAGUCUAAGCCAGUGCAUGAACCAAUAGUGAAGAAUGACGUAGCUACUGUCUACACUGAGAACGAGAAAGUGCAGCAACCAACCAAGGAAGAGAUCGAAGUGAACGAGAAGAACUUGCAGCAGAAUGCAGCGUAUUUGGGACAGCUGAUUUUUAAAUUGAGAUAUAAAACCGACAAAAACGCCCUAAUAGUCUCGGUUGUUCGCUGUCGCGAUUUGCCGGCUAAGGAUAGCAGUUUGGGUUCGAGCGAUCCCUACGUCAAGCUCCAGCUUCUUCCCGAUAAGCAGCAUAAAGUGAAAACCCGCGUGCUAAGGAACACAAGAAACCCCGUUUAUGACGAAGAUUUCACUUUUUAUGGCAUAGCGUUUAACCAGCUACAGAAUAUAACACUUCACUUUGUGAUACUUAGUUUUGACAGAUAUAGCCGAGAUGAUAUUAUUGGAGAAGUAUUUUGUGCACUGAAUACAGUGGAUAUUGCACAGAUUGAAACCCAACAGAUGGCAGUAUGCAGGGAGAUUCAGCCAAGGAGUCUAAAGAUUCGUUCUCAAGGACGAGGCGAUAUUUUGGUAUCGCUAUGUUGGCAACCUGCUGCGAACAGACUGACAGUUGUGGUGUUAAAAGCUCGGAAUCUUCCCAAGAUGGAUGUGACAGGCCUUGCAGAUCCCUAUGUAAAAAUAUAUCUUUUAUACAAUGGCCAACGAAUUGCCAAAAAGAAGACACACGUCAAGAAAAGAACUCUUAGUCCGGUUUUCAAUGAAAGUUUUGUAUUCGAUAUUCCACAAGCUGGAGAAGGUUUGGAGGGAGUUAGUCUAGAGUUCUUACUUUUAGAUUGGGACCGAGUAACCAAAAAUGAGGUUAUAGGAAGGUUGGACUUGGGAGGUUCAAAAUGCACAGGCUCCGCUCUACACCAUUGGAACGAAGUCUGCAAUUCACCGCGUAGGCAAAUAGCUGAAUGGCACAAACUCAGAGAAUAAAAUUCUACAUCAGAUUUCCAUUAAAAAUAUACCUUUAACUGUUAACUCAUAACUUAAAAAAUUCAAAUCAACUUCACAUCUGUGUAUCCAUCAACUUAGCCUCGAAUACGCUUUCAAUUUUUUUAGGACACAUACCUUAGAUCACAUAUCUUGGUUGUCUGAUUCUAAACUUGAUUCAACACUUACUGAAGUAAAAAAUUAUAAUUAUAUAGAAUAUUUUGACAACUUAGCUCCUUAGGGGACUAACAAUAAGUAAAGAAAUGUAAUGAAGUAGGUACAUGGCAGACUUGAGAAAUAAUCAUUACAAUACAGAUUAUAUACAAAUUGGAUAAAAUAUAUUCUAAAAAGUGCGAAGAUUGAAAUCUGAAUGAGUUACAGUAUGAGUUUGGCACAUAGAAAUUCAAACUAGAAAAAAAAUUCAAGAGAAACUGCAAAUAGAAAAACUAGUUCAAACACCAACAGGAGACAUUUCAAAGAUAGAAGAAGCUAUUAUGAAAGGGAUAAGGAAACUUAUAGAAUCUUUGCAGAAUUCAGAUUUUAAAAGAUUGUUGGCC